AUGUCAUCAUUUUCUUGCAAUGUGCAGUCAGCGUUAGAAGAGAAGUCUUUGACAAACUUACCAUUAAAUCUAUUAUUUCGAAUAUUAUCUCACCUAGAUAUGAAUGAUUUACAAAGCAUAGGGAAAACUUGCACCCUGUUAAGAAUGCUGGCUAAUGAAAACAUUGUUUAUAGAAAUGCUGUUAUUGGCUCAAACGGAAACAUGUGGUGGACGAAAAAUGUCCUUGUCGAUGUUUUUGACGUUUUAAAUUUUAACAGAAAGGCUAUACGAACCUUGAAUAACCACAAAAUUUCGUUGGUCGCAUCAUUAAGAAAUGUUCAGCAAAAAUAUAAACUGGGCAUUGUGGAUCCAACUAGGAAAACAAUAAAUUAUAGGACAAAUGAAAUUGAGAGUGAAGAAGUCGAAAAUGUGAAAGAUUUAAGUAUAGAUUUGGGCAAGCGAACGGAGUUAUCAAGGGAACAGAUUGCCCAUAUGACAAUAUUACAAGGAAUGAAUCAGUUUAUAGAACUGAAUGAUAAAGCAUUUCUGACGCAUUCGGCAGAUUCCGAUGACACAUACAUAGAUGAAAAUAAUGAUGACAUACAUUCUUUUCAUGAGUUGGAAAAAAAUACAACAUUUGAGGAAGAUUUAGUUAAGAAGGCAUCCUUCACCCCAUCACCAACAUUUUCUAAUUAUUCCAGAAGCUCAACAAACUCAGUAUUUUCAAAUUCCUCUCCCAAACUACUGGAUGAUGACUGGAAUAACAUUACAACUGAUUUCACUAAGUCGCGAGAUCCUGAUUACAAAGAGACAACACCUACAUCUACCGAAUCAUCUGAUUCAAUCACAAGGUUGAGAAGGUCUAGUAAAGUCAAGGAUAAAGCUGAACUUUUUGAAAAAUUAAUUUUUAGAGAUAGUAGGCCAUUAAAAACAAAGAAAAAAGAUAAUCCAAGAAUGAAGUUGUCCAGUUCGUUAAGUGUUAAUGACGAAGAUUUCAAAAAAAUCAUAAGUCCCCCCUUUGAAGUACUUCCGAAAGUUAACAGAAGGAGCGUUUCAAGAGGUUAUUUGGAGGAAAUUGAAAAACAUACUCCCGAUUAUACUAAUGAAACAGUUAAAUCCUUAGCAGUAAAAAGAGUGAACAGUAGAAAGGUAGCAGAUUAUGAACAGUUGAUAAAAAAAGAGAAUAGUCCUAACAGUAAAGGAGUAAUAGAGAGAAAUGAUGAAAAUAGAUUUCAGAGAAGUCAUUCUUCCCCAGUAUUAAAAUUAUCCAGACCUCAUCAAAGAAGUAAAUUAAAGGCCGUUGUGACAAACGGUAACAAAAUAUGCUAUCGUAAAAUCGACCUGGACAACCCAAUUAACUCGAAUGCGAAUGAUAAUGUAAUUAAACAGCUUAACACUAACACUAAUUCUAAUAUAUAA